GAUUGGUUUUAAAUUCAGCACCCUGUCCCACUGUCCUGAGGUGCUUCUGUCAUUGAAGCCCAGGGGUCUGUCCCUUCACCUGGACUCCCCCAGAGGACAGGACUGACCCUUGCUUCCUUGACUGCUCUGAGGGUCUGCACACAGCUAGAACUUUGCUACUUUCAGCUGCCUUGAGAGCACCUGGCACUGCAGGCUGGCAAAGCCCACAGGCUGAGCGCUGAGGAGAGGGACCAACUGCUGCCCAACCUGAGGGCUGUGGGGUGGAACGAGCUGGAAGGCCGCGAUGCCAUCUUCAAGCAGUUCCACUUCAAAGAUUUCAACAGGGCUUUCGGCUUCAUGACCAGAGUGGCCCUGCAGGCUGAGAAGCUGGACCACCACCCCGAAUGGUUUAACGUAUACAACAAGGUGCACAUCACCCUGAGCACCCAUGAAUGUGCAGGGCUUUCAGAACGGGACAUAAACCUGGCCAGCUUCAUCGAACAAGUGGCAGUGUCCAUGACAUAGAUGCCACCCUGCCUUGCAUUCCCAGGGUGGGGGUGGCUGAACUGGACACAGGGAGGAAACUGAGAACCGCCCUCUGCCCCCCGCACUGCAGUCAGACCUGCCGUCGUGACCCUGCUGCCUCCACUUAGGGGCGCAUCUUUGCUGUAGAAAGAUGCCAGCGUCGCUGCCAACACCAGGAAUCGAGCCCUUCCCCCAGCCACUCUCUUCAUUCUUGGAGCUCUGUUAUUUUCACCGCCUUGAAUAAGCUCUCCCUUCUGUGCAACUGCUGGGCAGCCUUAAUGGUAUUCUUUGUAAUGAUGUCCUUUCUGUGCCAGGUCUUGCACCCUUUCUAAUUCAUUUACCAAGCAGCUGUGAAGGGUAAAAUAAAGUCCUUAGAACCCAGGACCCUAAAGCAAAUCCCAUCUCUCAAAUGUGUGCUUUGAUGUUGCCAAUAAAACUUAUACCGCUGGCCUCAA